CUCUGUUGCUUCAGGCAAAAGGAGAGUGGUAGCCUUCAGAUAUAUACCCAUUACAUGUUUUCCAUUUCCUUUCUUAAAGUUGCAACUGGAUGACGGUGCAUUGGCUAAGAAAAUGACCUGCAACUAUCUGUAGGCUGACGUAUUCAUCAUGCAACAGUUAGCGUCUUCAGAUAUCAAGGCUGAAAAGCUACAUUCAUCUCAUGAAUGCAAAGGUGCUGUUCAGAUGAGGAUCAAAAGUGCUAACAGCCCCAGGGACAGACAGAGCCAAUGCAAAUCCAUGAUACUGUCUGAAAAUGUGAAAGCCACUGAACCUAUAUCCCGUCAUAGAAGAAACCAUUCCCAACAUAAUUUAACACUUCCUGAAUAUAUUAGUCCACUGGAGCAAACAGUAAUCAAAGAAGGAUAUCUUCUAAAAGCUAGAAUUGCAGAUGGAGGUAAAAAGCUAAGGAAAAACUGGACUUCUUCUUGGCUUGUUCUCACUGGUCGGAAAAUAGAAUUUUACAAAGAAUCCAAGCAGCCAGCUGUGGCCAAUCUGAAACCAGGGUAUAAACCUGAAUGGGUGGACUUGUGUGGAGCACAAAUUGAAUGGACUACAGAGAAGUCCAGCAAAAAGAAUGUCUUCCAGAUCACGACAUUAUCAGGAAAUGAGGUGCUUUUGCAAUCAGAUAUUGACUUCAUCAUAACAGGGUGGUUCCAAGCUAUCCAAAAUGCAAUUGAUAGAUUGCCCAAAGAGAAGAGUGGCACAUCAAGGAAGAAUGAGGUCAAGAUUACAAGAUCCUCUAGUUCAGAAAUGCUGGGCAACUUUGAUGUUGAUUCUAAAGAACUAAAGCCAGAAAACCGAAGGUCUUUAAUUUUCAAGUUGAACUACAGUAUUUCUGAUACUACUGAGAGAAAACGAGUUAAAAGCAGAUUAAAGAAGUUUAUCACCCGAAGACCUUCACUGAAAACUUUGCAAGAAAAGGGGAUCAUUAAAGAUCAAGUGUUUGGAUCCUAUUUACAUCGUGUGUGUGAACGUGAUGGCUCCACAGUCCCCCACUUUGUUAAAAUGUGCAUAAGUACUGUUGAAGAACGAGGUCUGGAUGUUGAUGGAAUAUACAGAGUCAGCGGCAAUCUGGCAACGAUACAAAAGUUACGAUUUGUUGUCAAUCAGGAAGAGAAGCUGAAUUUGGACGACAGCCAGUGGGAGGACAUCCACGUUGUCACCGGAGCACUCAAGAUGUUUUUCAGAGAGCUGCCUGAGCCACUGUUCCCAUACUGCUUCUUUGAACAGUUUGUGGAGGCAAUAAAAAUCCAAGACAACGACGAUAGAGUGAAAUCUGUCAGAGACCUUGUACAGAAGCUACCAAGACCAAAUUAUGACACAAUGAAAAUACUAUUUGAACACUUGAAAAAAAUUGCAGCCAAGGAGAACAUGAAUCUUAUGACACCUCAAAGUUUAGGCAUUGUUUUUGGGCCAACACUCCUUCGAUGUGAAAAUGAGACGGGGUCCAUGGCACUCCACAUGCUGUAUCAAAACCAGCUAGUUGAGCUAAUACUCAACGAAUACACAAAGAUCUUCAGCUCCGAGAAAGACUGACAGACAGGGAACAUUACUGAAUAUAUUCACAUCUGCCUUGAUAUCUAAUAUUUUUACAUUUCUGUAAACAUCUUUCUGAAAUAUUUCUUUUUCCUUCCAGUGACAGAUGCCUCAUUUGGUGAAAACUUAGUGACGAUUUUGUCUUUAAAUUUCCAAACAUUGGAAUAAAAAUAUAUUGUCAACAUUUGCUGAUGUGUACCCAGCAUUAACCCUUUGCAUGAGUCACUCUCUGCUACAGCACUCUGCAAGGCUCUGCCAUUUUGCGUGCCUUUAUUGUACAGCUGGGAUUUGACAAUAUGGCCAAAUCCAGAUGAAAUAUUGCUUAGAGGCAUAUGCAGUGGCAUUCCCAGACAAGCAGGGUGGGAGGUUAAUGGAUUUAAAUGGUUUCUGGAACAAUUAAAUAGUCUAUCACUUAAAAUGCUUUUUAAUGUAUAUACCUGUUCCUGUAUGGAAAAUGAUGAAAACAAGUUGAAUGAUCUCUCCUAAAGGAUGUCAAAGGACCACCUAUUACUACUGAUUCUCUCUCUCUCUCUUUCUCAUGCACACAAUAAUUGCAAAGAUUCAGUUAAAAAAAGAAUUAAGAAUGAAAUAAGUCCCAAAACCUCAUUCUCAAAGCUGCAGAAGCAGCAAAGCAUCAGUUGUCCAACAACUCAUGUUAAAUGCAACAUCCAUUUUGAACCUCCAUCACUUUAUACAACUUUGCUCUUUCCCUGGCUAUGUCAUGUUUUGUAGAAUUUUUUAUUAUGCUCCUGAAGAUGCUUUAUUGGUGAACUGCAUUAAAUUCAUCUAGAAAGAACUUUUUUCUAAAAGCUUUUUCAUAUGCCCUUAGGAUUACUUGGCUAGACUUGAAUCAAUUUAUACAUUUGAUGGUUAGUUUCAGUUGUCAUGGAUAAACAAAAGGGUAACUGUCUAGAAUAUAUCAAAUAUUGUUUUAUUCUGAAAUGUAUGUUUCCAGCUAUACACAUCCUCUACCCUGUUUUGUCAAAGUAUUUCACUGAUAAAAUGUAGACUUAUGUUUGACAGCUUUUUAAUCAAGUUCAAAGAGAAUAAAUAAAACUAAUCCAGUGUGGUGAAA